CCUUGGGAAACUGGUGCAUUUGGGGAAGAACGGACCAACCUCGCGAAUCCCACCUGGGUCCUAAAAACCUCCUGGCCUCCUCCCAGCCCGAGGCGGAGGGAGGUUACUGCGCAUGCUUCCACAUCCUGGGCUCUCUGGUUUCUUAAAUCUGGGUGCUCAAUCAAAGGCAGAGAAAUCCGACGCUGCGGUUGGGGUUCCGCUCCCGAGCCUUUCCCCGCGGCUGUGCGCGUUCCAUCCCGGGUCCCCAACCUUCUAACCCGCCUCGAACAUUCCAUCUGGUGGUCCGAACGUCCCUGCCCGCGCCGGCCAUGACAGCCCAUUCCUUCGCUGUCCCCGUGAUUAUCUUCACCACCUUCUGGGGCCUUAUCGGUAUUGCCGGACCCUGGUUCGUGCCCAAGGGGCCCAAUCGCGGGGUAAUCAUCACCAUGUUGGUCACCACUGCUGUCUGCUGUUACCUUUUCUGGCUGAUUGCCAUCCUGGCCCAGCUGAAUCCUCUGUUUGGGCCCCAGCUGAAGAAUGAGACCAUCUGGUAUGUCCGAUUCCUGUGGGAGUGAGCAGCCGCCAUGACCAGUCCCAGGUACCACGCUUCUCCAGCCCUCUUGCUCUUCUGUUGAUAUCAGGUGCAGUCGACCCUGGUGGCCCCCCCACUUCCACAUCCCUGUGUUCUUGGUAUUGUUCUGCUCUUUCCUCUUUUCAGCUUGGUCGCUCUUAGACCCAGACCUUCCCAUUGGAUUGGAUCAGGAACUCAGCCCAAUUCUAGGAAAUAGCCUCUUCCCUGGGAGACCUGGGCCCCAAGGUGGGGGUGGGGUGGGGCUCAUAAUCAGGCCAGAGUGAAGAGAUUCUCAAUUUUUAGCCCCUCCUCCCUCCUUCUCCCUCAUCACAUUUAGCCCCCUGCCAGAUGUGUGAAGUUUCUUUCCGAAAAUUCGACUGAAUGCAGAGACUCUUCCUAACCCAAGGAUGGGUGCCUGUUGAGUGAAUCCACUAUUCCUAGGCCCUGGGCUUGAGUUUAUUGGAUAGGAGACAGUGUGGUUUAGAGGAUGCUUCGGAUCAUGAGUCUGGAGACCUGGAAUCUUCCUGGACAAGUCAUAACCUCUUCAGGCCUUGUUAGGAGUUGUACUGAGGUUCCUUCUCAUGCUAACAUUUGAUUAUCUUUUUAGGAUUCUGUGAUAUACUUUGAUAUAAAACUUGUGGACAUUGUGAGCCAUGGGGGUGGGGGAGGAACUUUCUCUUCUUUCUUGGAAAAGCAUAGAAUUGGAGUAAAAACUAGAGUAUAUGAAAUACUUGUUAAUGCUAUUCAGAGCUGAAGUUACUUGGCUUAGGAAAGAACAAAUAUAUUUAUUAUGCAGCACUUGGUCUGCUAAUCAAAUGAACUUGCUCAUUUUAUAUAAAGAGUAAAGGCCCAGAAUAAAACUGGAAAACAGAGAUGGAAGGGAAUCAGGAGAUUUUUAUUUCCUAAUUUAAAAAGAAAAAAAAAGUAACAAAACUGCAUCUGCAUGUAGUUUUUUUUUUAAUCCCUAGCCAUUGAGUUUCUGACUAUAUUCAGCUCCCUUUCAUCCAGAUCAGAUAGAUGCUAGAUAUCCUGUUGGUCUGUUAUCACAUUUUCUUGAGGGGGUUACCAAACCCUAGAAUUGGCACCUUGGAGCCUAUAGAAGAUAUGACCUUGGGUUCUUUGCUACUCCACAAGCUAGUUGUAGAUACAAGAUGGAAGAAGGGGAAGACUUGAGAAUGUUCCCAUCACAACUUGUAAAUAAUUGCGUAGUAGAGUAAAAAGGGGCAGCUAGGUGUCCAAAGUGGAUAGAGUGCUGGGCCUGUAGUCAGGAAGACUCAUCUUUCUGACUUCAAAUCUGGUCUCAAACACUUUCCCACUAUGUGACCCUGGGCAAUUCAGUUAACCUUGUUUGCCUCGGUUUCCUCAUCUGUAAAAUGAGCUGGAAAAGGAAGUGGCAAACCCUCCAGUAUCUCUGCCAAGAAAACCCCAAAUUCAUUCAUGAAGAGUCAGACAUCAGAAAGAGCACUGAAUUUAGAAUCAGAGACCUGGCUGGAUUUGAAGCCAACAUUUGGCUCCGCUGGUGACUCCUUGUGGUACUGUGGGUGAGUCACCACCUCUUUCUGAGCUGCAGUGUUCUCCUUUCUAAAGUGAAGGCAAAGAAGCUCUAAGAAUCCUUUCCAUCUCUGGAUCUUUGAUUCUUCAUGCUGAGUGCUGAUGGGAUGUACGGACAUAAUGAAAUGCCUGGUGCUGACAUUGAGUAACCCAGGCGCUCCUUUCCCUGGCUCUCACUGGAGAAUGUUGGAGGAGCCCUUGGGUUAUACCCCUGAGAAAGCAUGCACACUCCUCCAAGCAGGAGGAAGUUUCUUUUUCUCUGUCCUAGGUAACUUCUGCUUCCUGUGGAUGGGGUGGGCACUUCUUAAGAUCUGAGCAAUAGCUACCUAGGGAAGCAUCCAGCUUCCUGGAGGGAUAAUUGAUGUUAGAGAGGAGAGAGCUGAGAGGGCCCUUAGCCACUAUCUAGUCCCACUUGCUCAUUCAAAAAUGAGGAAGUCAACCUAGAGAGACAAGGAUUGUCCAAGGAUGAACACCUGAUUUAUGGCGGUUCUAAGGCCAGGACCCAGAGCACCCAGCUCCCCAGACCAGUGCCCUUUCCCCUAAACCAAACUCACUUAAAGGAGCCCGGCUCUCUUACUUGUUUAUUUAUUUAUUUAAAAUUAAUUAUUUACCACUCAGAGGGCACUUAUGGAAUAUGUAAGAGAACAAUUCUUGUCCACAUUUUCUGGUUCUGGUGUUAAUCAGCUGCUCACCCCCACUCCCCCUCCCCAAACUCCGGGAGCAUUCCUCCCUCUCAGACUUCCUGCCCUUGGCUCCUGGGUCUGUGUUUGUUCCGAGGGUAAAUUACCUGCAUUCAGCUCCCCUUUUGUUUAGUGAUCUAAGAUUGGUGAACAAGUCUAGGUGUUUGCUGGAUGUUUCCUAAUCCCUGUUGGAUUUUGCUCUUCUGGCCCCUCCUUUCUCCCCAGCUUUCUGGUGUGGGCUGAGGAGAAGGGAAACAUCCUGGGAGCUGGAACUGAGGCUUAACACUGCAGCUGGGGAUGGGAACUGCAGCAGCUGGUGUGGCAGCAACUACCCAGUGGCUACACAUCCGGACCUAAGGAGAUGAACCUGUUUCUUUCCUGUCCCUGUCCCAGUCCUAGGUGGAGGCCCUGUUCUUCCUUCUCCUCCCCAGCAGCUCCAGGCAGAGGGCAGGAGCAGAGAGAGUUGGAAAAGUGUGUUCAGACAGAGCUUUGAUCAACUGUGCCCCUCCUUGGUUCUCUUGUACUCAGUAGAGAUCAGUGAUUCUUAUUGCAAUGGAUGCUAUGAAUGUUCAAUAAAUCUGGACACAAAUCAUUUUACUGA